GUCCAUAAAUAUGAAAAACAUUUCUAUACGCGCACUUCAAAUCGAGUGGUCGAAUAAAUUCUUCCUUACGUGCGUAAACACAUAUGUAUACCGUUAGUUAUGGCGGUUUUGAAUAUUGUGCGAGUUCUUCGUUUCUACACUAUGUUGCUGCAUCGUUUGGGCAUAAUGCCAAUUGGCUAUUGCCAGAAGGAAAAUAAAUAUGUGUUGCAGACUGGAUGGAAGUUUCAAUUGAUGCAUUGGAGCUUACAAUCCAUAUAUACGCUAUCGCUGGCAAUUUUGAUAACAAGAAGAGAGUCGUUCUUCAGUACGAAAAAUAACUAUAUCGAAGACAACUACUGGAACGUAUUGGUUUCCGGUGCAAUGUUAGUGCAAUUCUUGAUAAAUGUGUGGAUUUUAACACUUCAACGCAUUCAUUUGCAGAUUAUAAACUAUUGCACACAUUUAACGGAACAAUUAUCCGGUAUUGCAAAACGAAAAGUUGGCCUUUACCAGCUAGUUAUGUUGGUGGCCGUUAUGGGAGCCAGUGCGCUUAAUACUUUCUUCUUAUGGAAUAGAUUUUCGGUGCCGAGUACAUUCACAGAAACGUGCCUGCAUAUUCCUUGGCUAAUAUUUCAAAUAUACUGCUUUAUACUGUCGUUUAUAUUAUCAAAUUAUAUUUGCAUCGUUCAAAUCAUAACUGGACACUUGAUUACCCUUAACACUUUUAUUGCGAUGAUCACGUACCAACGACGUUUGCGCAUUACCGAUAUAUAUUUGGAUAAUAUUCAGAAUUGUUUAGAAAUCUAUGAUAACAUACUAUUUAUCUGCACUGAAUAUAUAAGUAAAAGUUACGGCGUUAUUUUUGUGCUCAUCACGUUUAUUUCGACGCUCGAUAUAACCUUCAUUGUGUAUGGGAUGUCUACAGGCCUCACGGAGGGAUAUUUAGAAAAAAUGUAUUCUGUAGCUCAAUCGAUAUCUUUCGCAUUGCCAUCGGUCAUAUUUCUGUGGAUGAUGCUUCUGGGCAGUAACAUACCGGGUCAGGCGAACAAGACCGUCAAAAUUCUUGCAAAAAUUCCGCACACUGGAACUGGAUUGGACAAAAUGGUGGAUAAAUUUUUGAUGAAAAAUAUACGUAAGAAACCGAUAUUGACGGCUUAUGGAUUUUUUCAACUGGACCGCAGCGCUUUGUUCAAGCUUUUUACUGCGAUUAUUACCUAUAUUAUGAUUUUAGUGCAAUUUACAGAUAUUGAAAACUCCUUAAAAGCUAAAGAAGUUCAAACAAAUAUAAACUAAAACAAAGUGAAAAGAUAUUAUUUUUAUUACAUGAUGUAGGUUGGUUAGGUUAGAUUAAACUGGGAGGCUAAUAAGGCACGCAUAGACCAGUUAUAGUCCUUUGCGAUACCAGAUGGAGUUCAGUUCCUAGGUACCAGAGAAGUAGUCAUCCUUUAGGAUGCCUGCGCUUGACGUGAAUUUUAACAGACUCUGCGGCCUUACUAUUUAUACAUCCUCCAGUGUAUCAUACCGAUGCCCAGAUGCUGCAUUGUUUCCCUGAUGCCCUGCUAUAAACAUUUCCUGCAGUCCACAAGAAAGUGACCAGUUAGUAUUUCGAUCAUUUUCCUACAGUCUUUUCUAUGGAGUGCCAAUAGGAAUUAAGGUGUACUUCCGAUCUACCGUUUGCACAUGACAUUUGCAGUCUAGCACACAGGUAGCUCGCUCCAACGUGUUUUGAUUUCAUUUCGAGGUCGUCAUAUAGACAAUGCAUGGGUUUACCAAUGUUUAUAACGUUUUCAGAUGUUAGCCGCACAGCAUUCUUGGCAAUCUCGUCCACUAUUUCAUUGUCCACGAUGCCCUUGUGGCCUGACACGCAGCAGAAUUAAAGUUGCUUACUUCUGGCAACACUUUCUGCUACUGCCCUGCUUCUCAAGACACUUCUGACCGAUAUGCGGUACGAGGUUACUGCCUUGUUUGCUGCUUGGCUCUCUACGUAGAUGUUGACUCUGGAAUUGUCAGCAGGUGCAUUAGAGGCCAGCUCCGCUGCUUUCGCAAUAGCAGAGACCUUAGCUUGAAAA